UUUUUCGAAAUCAAAAUACCAAUGAAUCAUUUUUUUCAAUUUCAAUCAACUAGUUAUAAUUAAAAUAUAGGUACUUAUGAUUAUAUGAUACAAAUUUCUCAUUAUUGUCGAGUAUAGUGAUAUUGAAUACGUUGUGAACUCGUCUCCAGAAGUAUUGAUUCAUAAGUUGUUCUUUUCUAAUAUUUCGUGUUUUUCGAAAUAAGCUUCCAGAAUGUCAUCUCAGAUGGAAAAUCAUCUAUUCAAUUUAAAGUUCGCCGUCAAAGAAUUGGAGAGAAAUUCAAAGAAAUGCGAAAAAGAAGAAAAAGCUGAAAAAUUGAAGACCAAAAAGGCAAUUCAAAAAGGUAACACAGAAGUUGCUCGGGUUCAUGCAGAAAAUGCUAUCCGUCAAAAGAAUCAAUCAUUGAAUUAUUUGAAAAUGAGCGCAAGAGUGGACGCUGUAGCUAGUCGUGUGCAAAGUGCGCUAACUACCAGAAAGGUCACCCAAUCGAUGGCUGGUGUGGUAAAAGCAAUGGAUGCCGCUAUGAAAUCCAUGAAUUUGGAAAAAAUUUCUUCCUUGAUGGAUAAAUUUGAAAAUCAAUUCGAAGAUUUAGAUGUUCAAAGUUCGUAUAUGGAAAAUACUAUGUCGCAGACUGUCACCACGUCCAUUCCACAACAAGACGUUGAUCAUUUGAUGCAGCAAGUGGCUGAUGAAGCUGGUUUGGAAUUGAAUAUGGAAUUGCCUACCGGUCCUCAAAGUAUUGCUAGUUCGACUCAAGUGUCUCAAGAACAAGAUGAAUUGACUCAACGUUUGGCGAGACUACGUCAAGUUGAAUAACAGUUGAAUGAGUACAAGAUAUGUUACCAUUCUAGUUAUGUACAAUAAUUUAAGCACCUCUUUAUAAAUUAUGCUUUACGAAGUCAAAAUAUUUUUUUUGUACCUAUGGCAAAAGAUUGUGAAUUAUCCAUUUUGAUUGUAAAAUGUUUGAAAUGGAAACUGUAUGAUGGAAUUCAAUUGUGGACACCCUGACCUGAUCAUGGGUAUGUUAAUUUUGCGAUCUGUCGUUGGUAUUUCAUCCUGUGAAUUUUAUUUUACGUUGUCGCGAUCGCUUUUAAUUUUUUAAUAAUCAUAUUUUAUUACAUGAAAUCUUAAUGGUAGUCCUAUAUUUUUUAUUCAAUGUAAUUAUUCGAAGUUGAAUAUUGCUGUAAUUUAUUUGGGUUAUUCGAUGUUACGGCAUCAUCAAUUUUGUAUCUAUACAGUUUUGUGAUAAACAAUCAAUUUUUC